AUGGCACCCCCUGCUAAGACACCGAGACGCGGAUACAGCACCGAUGAGACCGAGGAGAUCUACAACGGCCUCAUGUUCCUCGCGAACGAGUUCGAGGAGGACAACGCGCCGCUCCAGGCGGUCCGGUGCUACGAGGCGCUCUGCCUGAAGGAUCUCACCUUGCUGCCGGUGCCGGAGGCGAGGGCGCGCGUGCGGCUGGCGUCGCUGCUGCUACAGUAUACGGACAACGUUCACAGGGCCAAACAGCACCUCGAGACGUGCAUGCUGCUCCUGAAGAACGUCCACGGAUACGAGAAGCUCAAGUGCCAGACCUUCAGCGGCCUCGCGCGUUGUUACAGGCUCUUCGGCAGGGACGUGCGAAUGUCGUGGCUCAACGCCACCACGAGCGGGCUGGAUCUGGCGAGGCAGGCGGAGAAGAAGUACCCGGACGAGAGGGAGGAUUGGGUGACUUGGCAGUUCCACUUCAUGAUGGACCGAGCGGACCUGUACAUGGUGUACUGCGACUUCGCCGCCGCGGAACGGGAGCUCGCCGCGGGCGCCGCGCUGGCGCGCGAGACUGGGAUGAGCGAGGUGGCUGUCGCGUUUGCGCUCGCCAGGCUGCAGCGGGCGAUCGCGCAGAGGGGCGCGGGGGAGGGCGCCGGCGCGGGUGAGGUGGACGCCGCGAAAACCGCGGAGGAUGCGGUGAACGCGCUCGAGGAGGCGGUGGGCGAGGAGGCUGCCGCGCCCGCCCGCCUGCACCUCCACGUGCUGCGCACCCUCGGAAACCUCGCGGCGGGAAACGUCCACGCAACCGCCGAGGUACCCAAGAUCGUCGCACGGCUCGUCAAGUCCAUCGAGGGAAAGACGGACGAUGAGAUCGAUGCGAAACACGCGUACGUGUGGCUCCCGGUCCGAGCCACGAUCGCGCUCGCCAAGCUCCUCACCGGCGAAUCGCUUCGGCCGCUCGGCAAAUUCUCCGAGGCGCGGCGCGAUCUGGAGGACGCGAUGGAUCAGUGCGACGCCGCGUUGAAACACCUGGGCGUGAUGCCAGAGGGCGGCGAUGCGGACGCGAAGGCUGUCGUCGAGCAGGAGCAGCUCAUCGCGGAGCAGCGCGCCGCCAUGGAGAAGGAAGGUUCCCCCUCGGGGCGGGGCGGAUCCAAAACGUCGCCGCGGGGAAAGACCAAGGGGAAGCGGAGCAGGGGUGGCAAGAAAGCGAACGCGGACGAGGAAGCGGAGGACCAGCCGCCGCUCCCGCCCAAACGCCAGUGGGUCGGAUCGGAGAUCGACCUCGCGCCGAGGACCGCGAACGACGCCAAGCCGUACCUCCACAUCCGAAUGCUCGCGCUGCAGGGCCUGGUGGGCGCGGACCUCACCGCCACCAAGCUCUCGCUGGCGGCGGCUCGAACCGAGCAGAUGCGCGCGAUGGUCGAGAGCUACCCGAGGACCCUACGGGGGUACGCGUCCGUCGCCGACCACGCCGAAGGGCAGGUGCUGCACUCGCUCGGCAAGUACGAGGAGGCUGCGGCGAGGUUUGCGGCGGCGGCGGCGGCGGCGGAGUCCUUCGGUCCGGACGCGAUGAGGGACAUCGCCGCCGUGUGCGGGGCCCUGUCGGAGCUCGCGGAGGGGAGCCCGGGCGGGAUCUCCCGGGCGCUCGACCUGGUGCGUCCGGUCCUGAAGCGGCACGAGGCGAUGCAGGCGGCGGCCGCGGCGGGUGCGGAUGAAAAGACCGGGGAGAAGGACGCAUCGGCUCUGCCCAACUUUGCGCACCAAGCCGCGGCGCUCUUCGUCUCCGGCUACGCGAACAUCGUGAAGGGGGACGCGUCCCAGGAGGCGAAGCCGAAGCUGUCCAAGGCGUUGAAGCUGGCUCACACCCAGUGCUGCAACCAUCAGCUCGUGGCGCAGUCGCUCUCGCUGAUCGGUACCAUCGUGCUGGACACGCGCGGCGGGGACCUGAGCCAGUCCCUCGACAUGCUCCAGAGCUCGUUCACGCUGAGCAAGGCGCAGGAGGACAUGCCAGCGCAGCUCGGGUGCCUGGACAGCCUCCUGCGACUGCACCGCAUCAGGGGUAGCGACCAAGAGGAGCAGGAUGCGCUCGUGAGCUACCACAGGAGGAAGGCUAGCGCGUACCAGUCGUUGGUGAGGGCGGCGCUGGAGGACGAGGAGCGGCUGGCUCGAAUCACAAACGGCGGGAUCCAUCUCGACGACGCGGAGGAGAUGGAAGUUGACGAGGACGAAACGUGA